UUACCGAAUCACCGUCUCCACUCGUCAUUCAAUAUAAUCCAUUUCUCUAAUUCUCGAUAAAAUUUAAUGAGAAACUAAGUGUUCAGAAGUUUAGGAAGUCAUUUGAAUUUAAGUAAAACGAAUUUAUAAUGUCGCAUACCAUCCUGUUUGUUCAACAGGGCUUUCUUCCCGAGACCCGAACUUAUUGCGACUUCGAGAGCGUCGACGAAUGUAUGGAGGGCGUUUGCAAGAUCUACGAGGAGCACCUGAAGCGUCAAGAUCCCUAUAACGCUAUGAUAACCUACGACAUCUGCCAGCUGUUCGAUUUUAUCGACACCCUGAGCGACAUUUGCUGCAUUGUGUAUCAAAACAGAACCAGGACAUAUGUGCCCCAUAACAAGGAAUGGAUCAAGGAGCAGAUUUAUGCGCUUCUACGACAGGCAUCAUUCAAUUCAAACGCUUAAAGGAAUCACAGCCAAAUAACCAGAUAAUAAACUAGGUAGUGCUAAAAUGAAGUGCUAAAAAACACCAAGGAAGCUGAUUAAAAAUAUAUCACAUAAAUACCUAAACACCAUAUCACUAGAUGUUGGCUUUUGAAUAAAUAUAAAAGACA